CGAUUGUCUUCAUUGUUGUGUUCUCCCAGCACAUCGUUAGGUCUCAAGAACUUUCCGCUGUUGUAUUUAUGCUGUAUUACUACCUGUUCGAUGCUUAUAUAUUGGUUUAUUUUAAGGCAGCCAAACCGAAGUCAUCUUCUGGAUGAUUUCCGAAAUAAUCGUACACCUCAGCUUCAAAUUACUGACAUUAUCUCUCACGUGGUGGAAUUUGCCAAGGAUCAGCACGGUUCUCGCUUUAUUCAACAAAAACUCGAGCGUGCAUCUGCCAAAGAAAAGCAGUUGUUGUUCGAUGAAGUACUUGCUAAUGCGCAUGCCCUAAUGGUCGAUGUCUUUGGCAAUUAUGUCGUGCAGAAAUUUUUCGAGUUUGGUACACCGGAGCAGAAGGUUGCACUUGGUCGUUCGCUGAAAGGAGAUGUGAUGAAUCUUGCGCUUCAAAUGUAUGGAUGUCGUGUAAUACAGAAAGCUUUGGAAUCGGUGGAUGAGACCAUUCAGCUCGAAAUUUUGAAGGAAUUGGAAAGUCAGGUACUGAAAUGUGUCAAGGAUCAAAAUGGGAACCAUGUUGUGCAGAAAGUGAUUGAAAAAGUGAAACCGGAACGUCUACAAUUUAUCAUCGACACGUUCAUGAAAAAUGGUCCGGAUACGUUAUCAAUGCAUCCGUAUGGCUGCCGUGUUAUUCAAAGAGUCCUCGAACAUUGUACUGAGGAGCAGAAGAGACCAGUUCUUGAAGCAUUGCAUGCGAAUGUUCGCUCACUUGUACUCGACCAAUAUGGUAACUAUGUGAUACAGCAUGUUAUCGAACAUGGCAGUGAUCCGGAUAGAGAUCGCAUUGUACGUGAGGUAAGAUGUAAUGUGUUGAGAUAUGCGCAGCAUAAAUUCGCUUCGAAUGUUAUCGAAAAAUGUCUGAUUUGUGCUGCCCCACAUCACAAAACGAUGCUCAUCAACGAGGUCUGCGGCGAUUCUGAUGAUCCAAAUCCGCCAAUUCUGCUAAUGAUGAAGGAUCAGUUUGCGAACUACGUAGUGCAGAAAAUGCUUGAUACAGCUGACCCGGUCUACCGUAAGAAGAUGAUGUAUGCGAUCAAGCCCCAUAUUCCUGUUCUUCGUAAAUUCAGCUAUGGAAAGCAUAUUAUCAGUGAGUUACACGUUUUAGCUUUAUUGACUUGCUUACCUUUCUACUUGCUUUGA